UUAAGUCUAAGUUUAGUGCAAAAUGGCUGAAAAUAUCGCUGCAGUAUUACACGGACCUUGUGACUUGAGAAUCGAAAAAUGGCCCAUGCCCGAGAUAAACGAUUAUGGUUAACUCCACGAAGCUGUGCAACUUUUUCCAGAGGUACUGAUAAAGAUCGACUGCUGCGGAAUCUGCGGUUCGGAUCUGAAGAUGUAUUCCGCGGGCCGGUGCGGGGCGGACAGGCUCACCGAACCUAUCGUACUUGGACACGAAGGCGCAGGCUUUGUUAUUAAGGUGGGAAGUAAAGUGUCAAGUCUCGCGGCCGGCGACCGGGUGGCCAUAGAGCCGACGCAGCCGUGCCGCGCGUGCGAGUUCUGCCGCCAGGGCCGCUACAACCUGUGCCCCGAGCCGCGCUACUGCUCCACCGUGGGCGCGCCGGGCAGCCUCUGCCACUACUACAAGCACGUCGCCGACUUUUGCCACAAGAUCCCCGAUAACCUGAGCAUGGAAGAAGGGGCGGCGGUUCAGCCGUUGGCCAUCACCAUCCACGCGUGCGGCCGCGCGGGCAUCAAGGUCGGGACCACUCUUCUGGUGCUGGGCGCGGGACCCAUCGGUGUACUGUGUGCCAUGACAGCGCGGGCCAUGGGCGCUACGAAGAUUCUGAUCACAGAUGUAGUAGAAUCGCGUCUCGAAACAGCCAAGAAGUUGGGCGCAGAUUUCACGCUGCUGAUCAGGAAGGAGUACAGCGACCAGCAGGUCGUGGACAAGAUCAGGGAGAUGUUGGGCACCUCGCCUAAUGUCACCAUGGACGCGUGUGGUUUUGCGUCUGCGCAGAGGGUCGCUAUGAUGGUGACGCGCUCGGGCGGCACGGUGGUGGUGGUGGGCAUCGGCGCAGACACCGUGGAGGUGCCGCUGACUGGCGCGCUGUUGCGGGAAGUGGACGUGAGAGGCGCGUUCAGACUGCUUAACUCGUAUCCCCAAGCGCUGGCGGCAGUUUCAAGCGGGGCCAUAGAUCUGAAGUCGUUCAUAACACACCGCUUCCCGCUGGAGAAGGCCAGAGAGGCCAUGGAGUACGCCAAAACCGGCGAGCCCAUGAAGAUUAUCAUACACAUGUAACUGUAGCAUGCGUCACGAAUGUUGGACAAGUGGGCUAAGGUUGAGAUCAAUGAAGCGUACUUUGACUUGGCCCAGACUAAGGGUGAAAUCUAGCAUAG